ACCUACACGAUCUAAGCACAUCGGAUUCAUAUAUGGAGCACGUUCAAAACAAAGAUUGUCGCGUCGUUAUCUUAUCUCUUUAUAACGCGAUAACGUUGUUUUAUCGUGCAUCAUUGCUCCAUUUCGUACGAAAUCGUCAAUGCGUCAGUAUCGCUUUUGUGAAUUAUCUCAUAAUGAAAACGAUUUGUGCAAAAGAAACUAUUUGGAAGAAAUAUAAAAAAUGGCGUGGAAAUGUGGAGUAGUGUUGGUAUUUUUAUGUGGUUAUGCUUGGGGCCAGUUGUGCCCUAGGCAAUGUGAUUGCGAUGUGUAUAACGGGCUUAAUCGGGCCACUUGUGAGGGGCAGAAUAUAAUCAGCAUGGAGGUGGGAGUGCCCAGCGGAGUGCAGGUCUAUAGUCUGAGCCAUAACCUGAUAAGUGGAUUGGAGAACUAUUGCUUCAAGGAAGCGGGUAUUACUUCCAUAGAAGUGCUAAACCUAUCAUACAAUCAACUAUCUUGGAUCGGCAUCCACGCGUUUGCGGGCCUGGACAAGCUGGUGCACCUGGAUAUGAGCAGCAACCGGCUGAGGGCGGUAGUGAUGGACCUCUUCUUCGAAACUCCAAUGCUGGAAAUGCUGGAUUUGUCGGGAAAUGUUUUUGAGGAGCUCAAAAAUCAACCUUUAAUCGACCACACAAAGUUGAAAGUGUUAAACCUCAACAACUGCCGGAUAAAGUCUCUACCAGACAGAAUAUUCAGCCGUUUACAAAACUUACGUAAAUUGGAUUUGAGCGAAAACUAUCUAAUUUCUUUAAACACGGAAGUCCUGAAACCACUACGAAAACUAGAAAGGUUAGAGUUACAGAACGACUACUGGAACUGCGACUCUAAUUUCAUGGCAGUAGAAGCUUGGAUAACUUCACAUCGCAUCAGCUAUACGAAGAAGUGCGUCAGAAGAUCCCCCAAAAUGUUUGAGAAAAUUAUAUCGGCAGCGCCCGUCGCUCGAGCAGAUGUCGACGUUAAAGACGUUUGGAACAUCACUUCCGAGAAAAAUGAAACCCUACCUAUUCUAAAACCUACAAAACAACUGACUUGGUACGAGAAAAUUGACAGAGAGUUUUCGUCGUCGCAAGCGUUUAUUAUAGGACUGGAAUUGGGGUUGGCGAUCGGUAUAGUGGUCACGUAUAUUUGGUUGCGCUCGCUGUGCGGGUGUCGACGAGUGAAUUGCACGCGACCUCAAACCAGGAGGCAGAGGCGACGAGCGCAGAGGGUGGACAGUGAUAUGAGGACGAAUUUACUGUGGAGUAGCGGGAUUAAUCCGGAUUUGGAGACUCCUCCGUCGUACAGGAGACAGUUGUCGCUGCCGUACGGCGUGCCGGGGCUCCGGGAGCCCGUGUUACACGCGGACGCCAUCCGCGUGCCGCGCGGCGAGACUCCGCCGCCGCCGUAUCAUGAGUGUAGAAUCAACAUAUAAGUGCACU